ACGAGUCGUGUUUCAUACUCUUGCACGUCAGUAGUGUGGAAGUUGUCAUAGCUGUUUAUAGCCCACAUGUCUGUCAGGUUUCACACCGGAUAGUUUAUGUAAUGGCGUCUAAACGCCGACCGGGUGAGAGCGUGAAGACAGAGCAGAAGAAGAAGAAGACGAAGAGCUGUGAGGAGACAGCUGAACUUUGUCCGGUGCUGGGAGACGAGCAGGUGAAGAGGACCGUGAAGGAGGCGUGGAGACAGAGGACUGACUGCUCCCACGGGGAUCUGGAGUUGGACUUCCACCCCUUCCCUCACUGCAUCAUCAGGAACUUCCUCAGCAGCGAGACCUUUGUGGAGAACCUGCAGAAGGAACUGCUGGAGCUCAACUUCCACGAGAAGUCAAACGAUCUGUACAAAUUCAAACAGUCGGAUGACCUGAAGAAGAGAACAGAGCCACAUAUCACAGGACUGAGGGCAGCACUGUUCGGGCAUUUCGGCUCCUGGCUCGGGGAUGUGUUGGGGGUUGAACUGGAGCCCACAGUGGAUAUUUCUUGUGCCAAAUAUGAGUACACAGAUGUUCUUUUGUGUCAUGAUGAUGAAUUGGAGGGGAGGCGCGUUGCUUUCAUUCUGUAUCUCGUGCCUCCGUGGCAGAGCAGCGAUGGAGGAACCCUCGAUCUCUACACAACAGACAGUAAUUUCCAACCGCAGAGCAUAGUGAAGUCGCUCGUUCCUUCUUUGAACACACUCGUUCUCUUUGAAGUGUCUCCGGUCUCCUUUCACCAGGUGUCAGAGGUUUUGACGCAGGACAAGUGUCGUCUGUCUCUGAGCGGCUGGUUUCACGGGCCAUCUUUGGAGCGUCCUCCUCGCCACAUAGAGGCCCCCGUCCCACGGAGCCCACACUUACCCAGAGAUGAAACGUUGCUGCUGGAGUGGGUCAAUCCAGUGUACCUGGACAUAUCCUACCAAGAGCAGAUUCAGGAGGAGUUUGAGGAGAGCUCUGAAAUUCAGCUCAAAGAUUUUCUCAAGGAGGAGAAGUUCAGGGAGGUGAGUGAAGCACUGAGACUCACUCAGAUUGAGUGGACGAAGAGAGGUCCGCCUAAUAAAAGAUGCUAUGAAGUGGCCUCUCUGGAAACCUUCCCAGAGUGUGUGAGUGCAUGUUGGGAGCUGCUUCGAUCAGAGGCGUUCUUCCUCCUUCUGUCCAACUUCACCGGCCUUCGAUUGCAUUUCCUGUGUCCUGCUGAUGACGACGACGAUGAGAAUAAAGAUGAAGAGAAAGACAAUGUACAGGAGGGAGAAGCCACUGGGUCUUCGACUGAAUCCCCAUCAGCAAACACGAGCAGAGAGAAAGAACUGAGCACGCCCGUGUGUUGUGGUGAACUGCGCCGAUGGUCUCAUGGCGGCUACACUCUGUUGCAUGAUGCAGAAGCAGCGCAGGCGGACUACGCUCUGGACCUCAUUUUACCUUUUUGUGGUGCAGACUGGCAGUCAGAGUUUGGGGGCUUCACGUGUUAUGUUGCCAAUGAAGAGGAUGAGGAGCUCCUGACAGUGUAUCCAGAAGAUAAUUCCCUCGCCCUCGUCUACAGAGACAAAGAAACCCUCAAAUUUGUCAAACAUGUCAACCACAAAAGCUCCUCUGGUUCUGCUGACAACUCUACCUGCAGAGCAUUUCAUGACUUCUCUUUUGUGUAUUAUGAAUAAAUAAAUAUGUAUAUAUCUAU